AUGGGAGUUCAAAAGUACCUUACUGUAUUUGCUUUCCUUAAACAAAACCACAUAAGUGUGUGCCUAGAAUAUGAUUCCAGGUCUUUUUGGAUUAAGCAGUUGGGAUACUUAUACAAUAUAUUUGGUUUUUAUGUGCAGUUCUUACCAAUUGUAUUGGAGUACAUUGAUGCCAGUAAGAAAGAAAUUGAGACUGAACUAAAAGAAUUGGUGAAACUAUGCCGGUGGGAUGAUAGUAAGAGUUAUGCAUCAAUUGAAAAGUUGAAGAAGAGCCGGCAAAAGCUGAAAAAGCUUAUGCAGAAGUAUACUGUAUGUGAUCCUUGAAUCUCUAAAUAACAUUUUAAUAAUUAAUGCAUCAGUCUUUGUUAUUUUUUAUUCUUUUAAUUUCUUACAUUAUCUUUCUCUGGUUUAGCAUUAUAUGUGAACAAUUUUGAUGUAAGCAAAUAAUCGACUAACUUUACCUCUCCAUUCCUUAAAAUAUUCUUCUUUGUGAAAAUUCUUAAAGAAAAAAAGUAAGGUGUUGCUUGUAAUACAUCAUAUGAUUGCGUAUUAAUACUUUUUAGUCUACUUGGUGAACCUUUUUGUUGAAACACUGAACUUGGAUAAUGCUUGGCCUCUCUCCCACUCCCACUAACAAUAAAAUGGGAAAUAAAAUACACAAGUAAUAGUAGUAAUGAACACUGUUUUUCUUGAUUGGCAACACUUAUGAAAGGAGUUUGAAUCAGAGGCAUUUCUUCUCCAGAAUGAGGUGUAGAAGAUGUGUAGUCUAUUAUAGCAGUUAGUAACGACAACUAUCAAUAAUAGACCUGUAACUAUAGUAGUGAGUGACAGGACCGAUCUGUCC